GGAGGGAACGGGGGAGGACGGAUCCGCCCGCGUCUGACUCAAGCCGGGAGAGGAAUAUCCCCUCGCUCGCUCCAGCCCAACCCUCUUCCUCCUCCCCCGCCCGGCCGGCUCCGAGGAACCGGCGCGCAGCGGAGGGAGUCGCCCGGCCCCCCUGCCCUCCCCAGAGGCUGGUGUUUCUUUCCGUCCCGGCUUCCCCGCCCCCACCCCUCAGCCGGGCGUCCAGGAAUUGCCCGCCGUGGGGAGGGGCCGAGGGGCGGGGCGGAUGUCACCCCAUGGGAAGCGGGCUGGCAGCCAAGCGCAGGGGCAGCCGAGGCCGCUGCCGAGCACGCUGCGCGCACCUGACCGCGGAGCGUGUGCGCCACGGCCCCCUCGCUCCCCGGGAGCUCCGCUCCUGGGUACAGCCUGCGGGCCGGCGGGCACCCUCUUGCGCACCCCCCGGGUGUCCCAGUGCCCACUUCCACCCCACUUCGGCUAGUCCGGCACAGAAAGAUACCGGGCGCGGUGCCCUGCGUUCCCUCCCUCCCCUGCCCCCUCCGGAGCAGAGGCUCCCGGGUCGCCUCCCCUCCGGCUGCAACGUUACACAACUGCGGUGGCGACGCCUGCCCUGCAGCAGCACGGGGCGUGACGCUUCACGUGGCCAGAGCCCGGGCCACAGGGCCGCCGCCUGCGAGUCCCUCUGCGUCGCCCGUGGGACCCAGACCCCGGGGACGCGGUGUGCCCGCCGGGGUGGGCCAUCUCCCUGCCUGCCAGGAACUUGGGCGGCGCUGUUGGCGGUCUGCACCCGGAGCGGGAGGGAAGAGAGAGACUAGAAAAAACUGUGUGUCCAUCACAUUGAAAUCUUAGCAUUCAUUCAGUCGAUACACAUUUGUUGAGGCCCCUCCUGUGUGCCGGGCGUUGUGACCGUUGCUAGAGAUACUGUGGGGAAUCAGACAGAUUCUGCCCUUGAAUUUACAGGAACCUCUGGAAAGAGGAUAAAUUGGGCAAUGAGGGGAAGGCAGCCCUGGGAAAAUUAUAUAGGUGCCACUGGCUGCCAGAAAAAAGAUAAGUUUGUUUUGUUUUGUUUCAAAAUUUAUUUAAUACGGACCAAGAUGCAUGGGAAGAGAAGGAGGAAGAAGCUAACCCACUGCCCUGAGCUUGGGGCAGAAAGGCCUCCCCCAAGCAGCCCCAGAUCUCCGUAAAGCGCGCUGGUGGGCGGGGGAGCGGAGGGGGACCUACGUCCCCCGGCAAAGUCCGGGCUCUGUGACCUUCUAACUCAGCCUGGAGCAGGGAAAACAGCUGAAACUCCAAGCCCGCGGUAUGAGCCGCGCUGAUGCAGUCAGAGGAGGGAGCCAGUGGAAAUUCAUGACUAAAAUAAGGCCUGGCUGGGGAUUUCACUGACCUCUGCGCUGCCCUGCCCUGCAAGUUCGGGGAGUUGAGAGAUGACUGUAAGCCGUGGCCUGGCGGUGGGAAGGAUUGGAAAAAACAAAAAACGGGGUCGCUGCGGGGACUGGGUGAAGCUUCUCGGGCGCAGUUUGGGGGUGUCAGUCUUAAUUGGCAGUGUCCUUGACAACCUAGAGAACUGGGAUUCACACUUUGACCAAACUGGGAGUGGAUUUCCUUCGGGUCGCUUUGGAGAGCUCCCACUUCCUGUUUAUGUUUCACAAGCGUCGAACUCAUUAGCAAGUGUGAGAAAUGCCUCCUUUUCUAACUAACUGGCGUGACCUCUCUUGGGGGCUCAGGGAUCCUUCCCUCCCAGAAUGUACUUUUGCUGGUUUCUGUUAUCAGCCAUCUCUAGGGAGGGAAUGAUUGCGCCGCAGCUUCCUGCCGGGAGGUGGGCAGCAGAACCACAGAGGAAGGAGGGGACCGGCCUGCCCCGGGUUUGUGCUUUCAAUCUAGGGCGACCUGCUUCAUUGUGCGACUUUAGUAAGGGUGAAGGAUUGUCAUGACUGCACCAAAACCACAGUUCCACCAGGAAAGAAGCGCUGGGGGAGGAAGGAACACCUGUCCCUGAACCAUCAUACACCUCGCUCCCCCCAUGCCAGACAUGAACCCAAACAUUUCAGUUCCCAUGGCACAAUGUCGUUCUUAGAAUGUUUUGAUGUUAUCAAUACUUUUUGCCCUUACCUGUUCUACAGUUGGAAAUAACAAAAUAUAUGCAUUUCCUACUUUUUGUUCCAAAUGCAUUCUUAAGCUUCAAGAAAUAUCUCCAAGUAGAAAAAGAAAGAAUCUCCACCCUACAAAAGUUCUAUCCUAUCCAGAUUUUAUAUAUUUUAUACCGUUUCCAGAUUUUAUAUAUUUUAAACCAUUUAGUCUGUUUUUCUUUUCUCAAUAGCUUGUGAUUAUUUUUUCAUCAAUUUGAACAAAAUAAUUCCUUCCCAGCCUGCAUCUUUCCACCCUGAAGAAUCUUAAAAUUUCACUGUCAUCUUUUGUAGAUACUUGUUUAAUGCUGUUUUAUUUUUUAGACUGUCUGCAAAAACUUUGUCUAUGUUAAUUCAUUUAGUCCUCCCCCCCCCAUAAGGCAGGUAUUAGCUCAUUUUUACAUUCAUUUAACACAUAUUUAUUGAGAACCACUAUGUGCCAGGCACUGAAGUAGGUCCUAGGAAUAUAUGUGUCCUCUUAAGGAAACUGAGGCUCAGGGAGGUUAAAUAACCUGCCCCAGGUUAUAUAGCCUGAGAUUAGAUCUGGAACUAGACCCUAGGUUUGUUUGGCUCCGAAGCUUGUACUCUUAAUCAUUAUACUCUUGACUGCCUGGUAGGGUUAUGAGUUAUGCACUGUUCAACUCCAGGGGGAGCCAUUCACAUCACAGUCUGUGUGAGAGCACCCUCUCGAGUUGUGCAUUGUAGCACUGAGCAGCUGCACUGGGUACUUCUGACAUAUUGUAGCCCUCCCCUCUGCUUUGUCCUUUUAAGUGUAGAGAGAACAUAAUUUUGUACAGGGAAGGACCGGAUUUUCCUUUUCUUUUCCUACUGAGACUCAGCAUUUUGAAGAUCUGAUGCUGUGUGCUGGGGAGAGUCUAUACUGUUACCUGGCCCCUUCCUGUGUAGGAAGUUAGAGCUCACUUUGUUUCUUGCUCAGAUAACAUCAUUUUUUGUCUGUUUAUGGAUCCUCAGGAAAUUUUUUUAUCACAUUUCACAUAUCACAUUUUUAUGUAUCAAUAAACACAUACAAACAUGUACACUUUAAGGACAUUAAGCAUAGGGCAGCCAAGUACUGAUGGGGCUAUGGCAACAAGCUGCCACUACCUUCUCUCUCUUACUACUGAGUAACCAUUGCUCACUUAAAGAAAAACUUAAACCAUUUAGGAAGAAGCCAGCUCAAUGUAUUUUGGACACCUGGGUGGCUCAGUUGGUUAAGUGUCUGCCUUCAGCUCACGUCGUAAUCUCCGUGUCCUGGGAUGGAGCCUCGAGUGGGCUCCCCUGCAUGGGCUCCCUGCUCAGCAGGCAGUCUGCUCCUCCCUCUCUCCCUGCCCCUCCCCCCUUGUGCUCGAGUGCCACGCGCACUCUCUCUCUCAAAUAAAGUCGUUAAAAAUUUGUUAAAAAACAAUAUCUCCUUGAUAUGUGAAUUCUGAUAUUUUCUAGUCUAGUCUAGUCAAUUUUAUUUAAAAAAUAUUCUCGUCUUGGGGUUCCUGGGUGGCUCAGUUGGUUGGGUGGCUGACCAUGGAUUUUGGCUCAGGUCAUAAU